AUGGCCAAGUUUGCUUCCACCAUCACCCUUUUCUUCGCUGCUCUUGUUCUCUUUGCUGUUCUUGAAGCACCUACGAUGGUGAAAGCGCAGAAGCUUUGUGAGAAGCGAAGUGGAACAUGGUCGGGAAAUUGUUUAAAUAAUAAAGCGUGGAAGGAUAAGUGCAUUGGACUUGAAGGAGCAAGACAUGGAUCUUGCAACAUUGCCUUCCCAAUUAACAAGUGUCUCUGCUACUACACAUGUUAA